CUCGGCGGGCCGCGCGGAGCCGCCGCGCAGUUGCCGCCCGGCGGAGCGGGAGCAGGUGCGGAGCGCUGCAGCCACGUGCGCGGGUCCGGCGGGAGCGGGAGCGGGAGACCGGGGCUCAGGCACCGCGGGGAUCCGGGCGAGAGGAGCCUUCGGCGUUCUUCUGCACGGAGUCUUCUCUGGAAGCUGAAGUCUAUCUCUGCUUUUCUGGAGUGACCCUCACUGUGACAAUUUAAUUUAUUUUGUUGUUCUACUAAGAGGAGUCACUGUGUAUGCAGGUCUGGGUGACACUGUGACCUGGUGUCACUGAGCUGGAAUCAAACUCAAAGGAGCCAAGUAUAAGCUGUGCUCUGGGGCACCAAGGAAAGCUUCUGUUCUAAGCUGUGUGAGGAGCCACUCACUGCAGCAGGGCAGGCAGCAUCAUAAAAAUCAAGUGAAAAUGGCAUUUAGCAAUCUGACAUCAAAGGCUAUACUACUGUAUGAUGAAUGGAUUAAAGAUGCUGAUCCAAGACUGGAAGGCUGGCCACUCAUGUCUUCACCUUUUCCAACAACAUUUAUCAUUGGAACCUACAUUUAUUUUGUCACUUCCUUGGGACCCAAACUCAUGGAAAAUAAAAAACCUUUUGAACUCAGGCAGAUCAUGACGUUUUAUAAUUUUAGUGUGGUAGCCCUGUCUUUAUAUAUGACUUACGAAUUUCUUAUGUCAGGCUGGGCCACAGGAUACUCAUUCCGGUGUGAUAUUGUUGACUACUCGAGGUCACCGACAGCUCUAAGAAUGGUGCGAACUUGUUGGCUUUAUUUCUUUUCCAAGUUCAUUGAAUUAUUAGACACUAUAUUUUUUGUACUGCGUAAGAAAAACAACCAAGUUACAUUCCUGCAUGUUUUUCAUCAUUCCAUUAUGCCGUGGACCUGGUGGUUUGGAGUCAAAUUUGCUGCAGGUGGUUUAGGAACAUUUCAUGCCUUGCUGAACUGUAUUGUGCAUGUUGUCAUGUACACUUACUAUGGAAUCUGUUCUUUGGGACCAGCCUAUCAUAAAUAUUUGUGGUGGAAAAAGUAUAUGACAACUAUACAACUUGUCCAGUUUAUUAUGAUUACAGUCCAUAUAGGACAAAUCUACGUCAUGGAUGAUUGUCCGUACCAGUAUCCAAUUUUCAUGUUUAUUAUUUGGCUUUAUGGCUCUAUGUUUUUAGUCUUGUUUCUCCACUUCUGGUACCAUGCUUACACCAAGGGACAAAGACUGCCAAAAAUGGCAAAAAAUGGCAUCAGCAAAGAUCAGUGAAAGAAAUUAUUGUCUAUAAAACCAAAGAGGUGUACAUGUCAAAGGGGAAACUUGCACUACUUGACAAUCAAGAUGUUUAGGUGCGCACACUACAUGGUGUAUAUUUUGUAUGUUUUCUUCCAAAACAGAAUUUGUAUUUUUACCAUAAGUUAUUUGGGAUUCAGAACGUGGGAGUGGGGAAGAACUGUGGAUCUCUGAUUUAAAAAAUAAAAAUAAAAAUUAAAAAAAAAAAAAAA